GCGUGAUUAGUCACGCUUUGACUGUCAAACAAGCUCAGACAAUGCUCGUCAGUAGCAGGAUGCGUGACAGUGCACCACUGUAAUCAGACACUUGGUGUGUAAUUGUCUUUGACUGAACGAAGCCCAACAUUUGAGGCUUAUUUUUUUCCUCUCUCGCAGAUUUCCUAGCUUUUAAACAUGAAACGGACUAAAUUUUUAUCAUAAACGUUUAACUUAUCAGUGUGCAACAUGAGUACAUUAUCAGACAUUGACAAGAUCAACGACAUCGUGGAGAUGGUAACCACAAUGGCGUCGCUAAAAAUUCCGACCGAAGGGCUGAAAACGUUGGACGAAAUGAAACAAAAAGUAAAAGAGACACUCCGGUCGUCCAAGAAAAAGUCAAGCUGGACGGCAAAGGAGGCGUUUUCAGUGUUGACGGAGGCAAAGAAAGAAGACGAGAGAAAACGAGCAACCUUGCUCCAUUUCUACGAACACUCGGAUCUUUGUUUGAACAAGAUGGAUGAAAAGGUUCAUACCCUUUUCAAAAAGAACAUUGGAAACCUCAAGGACAAAAUCGCUUCCCACAAAGAAAGUCUUCUGCAAAAAGAGUACAUUGUUCUUGUUGCAGACAUCAAAGUUUCAAUUGAAGGCGAAACAAGCUCAGGAAAGAGUACCUUGGUAAAUCUUAUCCUUGGAGAGCAGCUUCUUCCUUACUCUCUUCUUAGUACCACAUCCAGCAUUUGUGAACUAAGAUAUGGAGAUACUCCACAGCUGGUGGCACACUUUAAAGACAAAAAAACAGGGGAUACCACAAAGACUGUCCUCUUAAAAAAGCCAUCCAAAGCCUUCAAGCAGACUUACCUUCAACAGAUUUCCACAUUUCUCCACCUGAAGACGGACAGGGAAAAGGGUUCAGAUUACGAAAAGGUUGAGCUGUUUUGGCCACACAAUUUAUUGAAGGAAAAUGUCGUAAUAGUCGAUAGUCCAGGAAUUUGCGAAUCUCCCAUCAUGGACGACAUCGUAAGGAAGUACCUCCCAGAGGCUUUCGCAUUUAUUUACGUCAUUAACAGUGAAAACGCCGGUGGAAUACAGCGAGACAGGGUAGAAGCACUUAUCGAACACGCCAGGCAGGUAUCCCUGGACAAACAAAGGGAAUCUUCCUCAAACUGUGCCCUGUUCGUUUGCAACAAGUGGGACCUGGUGCCGUCAGAAGAAAUGAAUGAAGUGAAGAACUUCAUCGUGAGUAAACUCACACAGUGCUGGCCUAGAUUAGAUCCAGAAUCUCAGAUCAUUUAUAUGUCAGCAAAAGUUGCUAGUGAAGCCCAGAAGCUUGGAGGGGUCACAGAAGAGUUUGGUGAACUAAUGAACGGCAUCAAGUCCAUGGUACUGAAAAGUAUUGAGGCAAGACUACAGAUUCAGUGGAGAUGGCUCGACUAUCUUCUUGCACGAAUGGCCGUCCACACGAAAGCAUUCAUUCGUAAUUCGUCCGAAGAUCGUAAAGAUGUGAUCGAUAGGAUGAUGUUCAUCACUGAUCGCCUUCAAAGUAUUGAGAGGCAGCAAGGUACAUUAAGCAAAGAGCUGCAGACUUUCCUUGAAAACAAGACAGACGACGCUGUAAGUGCACUGUCCAGAUACCUUAAUUCUGCCGACGUUAUGGAGAAGUUUACUUCCUGGACGUUAGACGAUAUUCCAAACACUGAAACAAGUUGGGAGGUGACCAAGGACCGCAUCCAAAAGGCGCUGACAAAGCGACUUCAUGAGACGAUCAAAGAAUGGGAAGAAAAGAGUCAUGUCUUUUCCAAGGCUCGUUCCUCUUUGAUUGAAUACUUCCAGCAGAGGUUCAACUACGUCGAGGGUAACCUUCGAGCGCUGGAGGGCUCUGUCUUAGCAGGAGGUGGUACCAACUCAGGAAGUGAUCCCCUAGCAUCGAACAAUUUUAGCGUCGCCGAAAAAGUCGUCAUCGGGGUCACGAGUCCAAUCUGGGUUCCAGUCGGUCUGGUUGUCUUAGUGGUCAGUGUCCCAUUUGUUGGUGCCAUAGCUGUUAAAGAGAAGUUGGAGGACUGGAAUAAAACGAGGAAGUACAACAAAGACAAGUGUGCCUUCAUGGCGAAAGCUUCGCAAGAUUAUCUAAGGAAAGCAGCGGAAGAACAACAGCUAAAGUCGUUCGUGGAGGAGCAGCUUGAAGAAGCUCAGAAUUUUCUCAAACAGGUCUUAAAUCGGAUCCCUCAGCUCAUAAAAGAGGACAUAAUGUUGUGUAAAAAAUUGGGAGAUGAGAAUCGUUGUAAGAAAGAUAUAGAAAUGUUCUACAAGCCGUUAUACGAAGAAAGUGUGAAAUUAAGAGGUGAAAUGGCCCUAUUUGGCAUCAAAGAGGUCCGUACCAUGGACAUCAGUUGCAACGAUCUGGAGUGGCAGGACGAUGCACGUCUUGGAAUUGGAGCGUUCGCUUCUGUUUAUCAGGGAGUAUUAAAGAUUCAAGGAGAAGCGCAACCCGUAGGUGUGGCUUUGAAAGUGUUGAACGAAGAGCUUAACGAUGCUACAGCUAGUGGCUUCCUUUCUGAAAUAGAAAUACUCAGGAAACUGAGUUAUCCCUUUAUUGUAAAGUUCUAUGGUGCUGCACUGCGUAAGGAAGGGAAUCAGCUGAAAGCAAUACUGGUGAUGGAGCUCUGCAAGGAAAACUUGAUGAAGCACAUUUUCCAUGAUAAAAGCAAGAUACCUGGUGAGUCAUCAUCAUCUGUUACAGCUACGAGAGAUGUGAUUGGAUGGGCAAAACAAAUUUCCGAUGCCCUGGACUACAUUCACAGACAAGGUAUCGUUCAUAGAGAUCUCAAGCUGGAAAAUAUAUUGCUGUCGCUAGAAAAUGAUGCCAAAGUAGCCGAUGUCGGUGUUUCCAAAGAAGCCAAAGCUAUAACGGGUACCAUGGCGGGAACUCCUAUGUAUCUCGCUCCGGAAGUGAUCAAGUCUUGUAUGUACGAUUACAAAGCAGACGUGUACAGCUUCGGCAUAAUGCUCUGGGAGAUGUGGUACGGUAAGAGGGCCCUUAUUGAUGUACGAAAAAAUGAUCAAGCCUUGAAAACUAAAUCAGAAAACAGCCUUUGUGGAAUCUACACAUUCCUGGCGUUGUUAAUUUUAUGUUCCCACUCUACAUAUACUUGUUUACAAUUACCAGGCGAGACAAGUGCAGGAAAGAGCACCCUGUUAAAUCUGAUUCUCGGAGAGCAACUUCUUCCUUACUCAGUUCUCAGUACCACAUCCACCAUCGUUGAACUAAGAUAUGGAGAAAUACCAAAGUUGGUGGCGCACUAUAAAAACAAAGAAUCUGGGAAUACUACGAAGACCGUCCUACUAGACAAGCCAUCUGAAGCUUCUAAGCAGAGUUACCUUCAACAGAUUUUCUCUUUUGUCCACCUGAAGAAGAACAGAGAGAUGGGCUCAGAUUACGAAAAGAUCGAGCUGUUUUGGCCACACAAUCUGUUUAAGCGUAUCGUGUGGUAUUUUGCUUGCACUAAGAAGAUCGCCUCAUUAGGGAAGCUGAACCAUCCCUUUAUUGUAAAGUUCUAUGGUGCUGCUCGAUUACGAACGAUACUUGUGAUGGAGAUCUGCGAGGAAAACUUGAGGAGCCACAUUUUUCGGCACAAAAGCAAUAUACCCGGUCUGUCAUCAACACCUACUGCUGCCAGAAAUGUGAUUGGAUGGGCAAAAGACAUUGCCGAUACUCUGAAAUACAUUCACAGACAAGGUAUCGUUGACCGAGAUCUCAAGUUGGAAAACAUAUUGCUGUCACAAGGAAAUGUUGUCAAAGUUGCCGAUGUCGGUGUUUCCAAAGAAGCUAGAGCGAUCACAGAUUUUGAUUUACCAUGUGUCGUUUAUCAGGCCUUUUCAGUGUUGACUGAGGCAAAGAAAGAAGACGAAGAAAAACGAGCAACCUUGCUCCUUUUCUACGAACGUACGAGUAUAUGUUUGGAUACGAGGCAUGAAAAUGUUCUUGCACUUUUGGAGAAAAAUAUCGGAAACUUCUGGGAGAAAAUCGUUUCCCACAAACAAGUUCUACAAAAGAAAGAGUACAUUGUACUCGUUGCAGGCGAAACAAGUUCAGGUAAAAGCACCCUGUUAAAUCUGAUUCUCGGAGAGCAACUUCUUCCUUACUCCGUUCUCAGUACUACAUCCACCAUCGUUGAACUUAGAUAUGGAGAUACACCAAAGUUGGUAGCGCAUUAUAAAAACAAAGAAUCUGGGAAUACCACGGAGACUGUCCUACUAGACAAGCCAUCUGAAGCCACCGAGCAGAGUUACCUUCAACAGAUUUCAUCUUUUGUCCACCUGAAGGAGAACAGAGAGAGGGGUUCAGAUUACGAAAAGAUUGAGUUGUUUUGGCCGCACAAUUUGUUGAAGGAAAAUAUUGUCAUAGUUGACAGCCCAGGUGUCGGAGAAUCUACCAUCAUGGAUGACAUAGUAAAAGCGUACCUUCCAGAGGCAUUCGCUUUUAUUUACGUCAUCAACAGUGAAAACGCCGGUGGAAUACAGAAAGACAGGGUAGAAAAACUCAUUGAACACGCCAGACAGGUGUCCCUUGACAAACAAAGGGAAUGUUCUUCAAAUUGUGCUCUGUUCGUUUGCAACAAGUGGGACCAGGUGCCGCUAGGAGAAACUGAUGAAGUGAAGAGCUACAUUGUGGGGAAACUCAAGCAGUGCUGGCCUAGUUUAGAUCCAGAAUCUCAGAUUAUUUACAUGUCAGCAAAAGAUGCAAGUAGAGCCCAAGAGCUUGGAUUAGUCACGAAAGAGUUUGGUGAACUAAUGAAUGGCAUUAAGUCCAUGGUGUUGAAAAGUAUCGAAGCAAGACUACAAAUUCAGUGGAGGUGGCUUGACUACCUCCUUGCACGUAUUGCCUACCACACAAAAGCGUUCAUCUGUAAUUCUUCCGAAGAUCGUGAAAAUGUGAUGGAGAGAAUGAAGUUGAUCGCAGAACGCCUUCAUAGUAUCGAAAGGCGGCAAGGUACCGUAAGGAAAGAGCUGCAGACGUUCCUCAAAAACCAGACAGACAUUGCUCUGAGUGCACUGUCCAAAUAUCUUAAGUCUCAAGAAUUUAAGGAGAAGUUUUCUUCAUGGACAAAAGACGACGUUCCAAAUACUGAAGGAAGUUGGGAGGUUACCAAGAAUUAUAUCCAAAAGGCACUGAUGAAGCGACCUCGAGAGGGGAUCGAGGAAUGGGAAGAAAAGAAUCAUGUCUUUUCCGAUGCUCGUUCCUCUUUGAUUCGAUACUUUCAAGAGAGGUUCAGCUACGUCGAGGGCCAACUUCGAACGCUGGAAAGCUCCGUCCUAGCUGGAGAUACAGCUAGUUCAGCAAGUGGCCCUCUGGCAUCAGAUAACUUAAGCAUCGCAGGAAAAGUCCUCAUCGGGGUCACAAGUCCAAUUUGGGUUCCAGUCGGUCUGGUUGUUUUAGUGGUAAGUGUCCCAGUAGUUGGCGCCUUGGCCGUUAAAGAGAAGUUGGAAUACUGGAAUAAAACACGAAACUACGAAGAAGACAAGUGUGGCUUUAUGGCAAAAGCUUCCCAAGAAUAUCUUAAGGAAGCAGCUACAGAACAACAUUUAAAGUCGUUCGUGGUGGAACAGCUUAAAGAAGCUCAGGUUUGUCUUAACCAGGUCUUAAAUCGGAUACCUCUGCUCAUAGAAGAGGACAAGAUGUUGUGUCAACAACUGAGAGAAGAAAACCGUUCUAAGAAAGCGAUAGAGGAUUUCUAUCAACCGUUACACGAUAAAAGUGUACAAUUAAGAGAUGAGAUGGCCCUGUUUGGCAUCAGAGAGGUUCGCACCAUGGACAUCAGUUGCAACGAUUUGGAGUGGCAAGACGGUGCUCUUCUUGGAAGUGGAGCGUUCGCUGCUGUUUAUCGAGGAACGUUGAAGAUACGAGGAGACGAUAAACCAGUAGAUGUGGCAGUGAAAGUGUGGAACGAAGAGCUGAAUGAUGCUACAGCUAGUGCUUUCCUUUCCGAAACAGAGAUACUCAGGAAACUGAAUUAUCCCUCCAUUGUAAAGUUCUAUGGUGCAGCACUGCGUAAGGAAGGGGAUCAGCUGAAAGCGAUAUUGGUGUUGGAGCUCUGCAAGGAAAAUUUGAUGAGGCAUAUUUUCCAGCAUAAAAGCAAGAUACCUGGUGAGCCAUCAUCAUCUGUUACAGCUACGAGAGAUGUGAUCAGAUGGGCAAAAGAAAUUGCCGAUGCUCUGGAAUACAUUCACAGACAAGGUAUUGUUCACAGAGAUCUCAAACUGGAAAAUGUAUUGCUGUCGCUAGAAAAUGUUGCCAAAGUAGCCGAUGUCGGUGUUUCCAAAGAAGCCAAAGCUAUCACGGGUACCAUGACGGGAACUCCUAUGUAUCUUGCUCCGGAAGUGAUUAGGUCCUGUAUGUACGAUUACAAAGCAGACGUGUACAGCUUUGGUAUAAUGCUCUGGGAGAUGUGGUACGGUAAGAGAGCCCUUCUUGAUGUGAGAGGAGAUGUGAAGGAGUUUUAUGACAAGGUGCUUAAGGGCGCAAGACCUGCACAUGUCGAAGGCUCAAACAGGCCUCCAACUGUUUUGCACGAUCUGAUGCAGCAUUGCUGGGACAUAAAACCUGAUAAUCGACCAGAUGCUGCAAAGUGUUACAAGAAGUUGACCCAGCUCUAUCAGGACGCUGCAGCACCAUCUUAGAAAACUCUGAUUAUUGGGCAACCACUUUCAAUGUGUUUACUUUUUAAGUGUAGACUUUUGUGGAGCAGCAGCACUCACUUAUGGUUGUUGUAGCGAAUAGAAUAGCCUCACCUUGGCCAGUUUUCCCGUUUAAAACUUAGAUCGUACAUUAUAGAAACCCAUUCUGGUCUUAGUCAGUGUCAAGGAUGGUGUCCUUGGCUCUCAUCAUAGUCCAGUCAUCGUCUCAUAGUAUUGUUAAGUAUACUAGAGUUCCAAUGAUUAAGUAGAUUACUUUAACUUAGAGCUGGUUAAAAUGUGUAUCAAUCCCCUUAGGGCUGAUUUGUUUUUGCUCUUGACAAAUAGUGGCCAAGUUGGUUCCUUUUACCUUUUAGACUUUUUGUAUUUUUUAAUUAAGUAUUUUAAUAACAGGAGCCCCAUUGAUACCAGUGCUUAGUGCACUGAAGUGGUUAUCCUGUAUAAAUAUUAUUAUUAACUUGUUGUACUCGGGAACUUGUAGUUGACAAGCAUGUGGUAUGACUUUAAAAUCUCCUCUCCUAGCCUGUUACAAUCUCUUGACUGUAAUACAGUUGCAGUAAGAGCUUCUUACAUUUUACCUAUGAGGCCAUUUUUUAGUGAAAACUUGAAAAACCGGGGGAUGGUCUAUCUCCCCCCGGAAAUAACCAAAGCAGAAACCGGUUUGCCAUUUUGAGGUUUGGGGUAGAUCCUUUGAACUGGCAAAGUUUCAUUGAAAUCGGUGAGAUGGCAUGUAUCCAGGCUGCUCGGUGCUCUCGUGGACACGUUCUUAAGAGGUGUGAUCGGCGCAUCAUGAAAACU